AUGCAUGGCUACAGAGUUCAAAAUGAAUACACGAGUUUUCCGUUUUUAACGAGAAUAGCUGCUACUUACUCCUUUUUGGUCACGUGUGGUUUUGUCUUUGGAAAAGUCUCACCGAACAGUCUGAUUUAUGACGAAACAGAAAUCGCCUCGGGCGAGUGGUGGCGCUACCUGACCGCCCACCUCUUUUUCGGCAUGCAUCAGGCUCGUCCUGGCGCCAUCGUCCGGUACAUCAUCGUCGGCAUGAAUUUUCUACGAUACUUUUACUACAUGGAAAACUAUUUCUUCUUCCAGCGAAAGUUCCAAUUCCUGACGAUGAUUUUUCUCUUCUUUGGCGCUGCGAAUGCUUUUGCUUCUUUCAACGAAGUCGCUGGUUUUUAUGGAGAUGUUGUGAGAAUGGCGAUUAUAACCGCGUGGUCACAGAUCUACUAUCAGGACAAGUUCUCGGUCGUUGCUGGUCUGGACCUGACGAGAUUCAACGCUACGAAGCUUCCUCUCGUCUGGCUCGCAUUCUUCUCCUUCAUCGACUAUCCUCUUUCGAUCGCUCCUAUCUCUCCAGUGCCUCACAUGCUCUUUGGAAUGGUCGUUGGAUAUCUUUAUUCUUUCCUCGCUUUCAGAUUUGGAAUGGUCCCUGAAGGCCUGACCCAACGAAGAGAACCAAUCAUUCACGAACUCAUCUACCCAGGCGAAAUGUUCGUCUACAUCGUCAUCUCAGUUCUUCAGGGCGGCAGAAUGGUAUGA